UGGCGGUGACUAAGUGAUCGUAUGCCCGACAGUCUCUAUGUUCUACCCAAAUUUCUCCAGCAUGGCAACUCAAAAGCCUGUAGAAUGGGUAUCAGCGCUUAUUAUAAGAUUCGAAGAACAGUUGCCGUGUCGGACAGGCCCACAGACACAACACUCAAGAUUCAAUGUGGAGCAGAACAAGGAGUGCCUCAUCCAGAUUAGUAGAUACAAGUUCUCAUUAGUCAUAUCAGGUCUUUACAAGAUCCUACAGAAAGUCAACGAAAUGCGAUCGCAUGGCCCAGAAUUUGAGAAGAACUAUUAUGAGUCGCUACUGAUUGUGUUGGAUACCCUUGAGAAAUGCUUAUCCUCUCAACCCAAAGAUACAACACGAGAUGAAGCGAUGAAUGUUAAACUUCUACUGAGAGAGACCUGCCAGUUUAUUGUUCCCGGUCUGCAAAGUGAAAAUCCUAUGGUAAAUCAGCUCAAAAACUUAGCAUCUAAAGUACUCUUCGCUCUCAGUGUAAACAACUUCAAUGCCGUCUUCAACAGAAUAUCAGUGAGGUUACAAGAACUCAGUGCGAGCAACACAGAUGAAACUCAAGAUCUUACUGAUAUAGAAUUAAUACAACACAUUAACGUGGAUGUCUUCAGACUCAUCAAACUCCUAAAUGAAACUAUACAGAAAUUUCGCAGUUUACGAAAAAAUGCUCAAUUAGUGUUGAUGAACUCAAUGGAAAAAUCAAUAUGGAAUUGGAUGGACACAUACCCUAAUGAAUUUGCAGAUUUACAGAAAAGAAGAAAUGAAGAGUUGGCAAAGUGCUGUGAGAUAAUGUUUGAACACUUAGACAGCUAUGCAGAGAGCAACAAGAGAAAAGCAGCAGUUUGGCCCCUCCAGAUUAUGCUUCUAGUCCUAUCUCCGAAAGUGUUGGAAGAAAUUGUGAAUGCAGAUGCAGGUGCUCCAUGUUCCCAAAGACAUUUUAAGAAGAAGCAAUUUAUUGACCAGUUAAAAAAGGCACUGAUACCCCACAACAUCAGUAGACAUUUGACAGAGGCAGCUGCUGUAACCUGUGUCAAGUUGUGCAAGAUUGCAACCUAUAUUAAUAUCAACGACUCUAAUAAUGUGGUCUUUGUUUUAGUCCAGAAUGUUAUUAGUGAAUUAAAGAAUUUGCUCUUCAACGUUGUGAAACCAUUUUCUCGAGGCCAAAGCUUCAUAUGCCAGGAUGUGGACCUUAUGAUAGAUUGCUUUGUCUCGCUCUUCCGCAUCCUUCCACACAACAACGAGGCUCUCAAAGUUUGUCUUAACCCAAACUCUGCAUCAUCAUAUCACUUCGUUUUGGUCAGCUCUCUCUACAGAAUAAUAACACAGCCGCGACUACCCUGGUGGCCCCAGAUUGAUAUAGUGUACAACAAGUCCAGUGAGUUGAGAUCCAUGUUCACCGACACCCUCAACAAAGUCACUCAGGGAUGCAUCUCUCACACCCCCUUAAGGAUGAUUCAGAGCUUAUCACUGAAGGAGAAAAUGGGGACGCUUAAGUUUAAGGAGAAGUCAUCAGAGGAAGCACCUUCGUUUAGGAACCUCCUACUGUGGAUGGUUCGUCUCAUACAUGCUGACCCAAUGCUCAUGCUUAAUAAUCAAGGUAAAGCUGGUCAUGAGAUUCAGAGUUCAACCUUGGAGCUGAUCAAUGGAUUGGUAUCACUAGUUCAUAAUCCAUCUAUGCCAGACGUGGCAGCAGAAGCCAUGGAGGCAUUGCUUGUCCUUCACCAGCCUGAGAAGAUUGAGAUGUGGAACCCAGAAGCACCUAUCAACACCUUCUGGGAUGUCAGUUCGCAAGUGCUGUUCUCUAUAUCACAAAAGCUCAUACAACAUCAGAUCGUCAAUUACACAGAAAUUCUCAAGUGGUUACGAGACAUCCUCGUGUGUCGGAAUGCAUUUCUCCUUCGCCAUAAAGACUAUGCCAACUGUAAUAUUGGUGCUCACAUAGCUAUCUGCAAACAAGCCCAUAUCAAACUUGAGGUUGUGUUUCUAAUGUACCUGUGGAGCAUAGACAUGGAUGCUGUGUUGGUGGCCAUGUCGUGCUUUGCCUUGCUGUGUGAAGAGGCUGACAUUCGGUGUGUCUGGGAUGAAGUCACAGCAACGGUCACUUACCUACUGCCGAACUACCAUGUCUACCAGGAACUCGCCGCUGCUUCCACCAUUCUCACAACAGCAUCUUUGGAAUCAAGAAUAUUUAGUCUGCAACAUCAUCAGGGUAGAGCGGCCCUACAGAAACGUAUCAUGGCUCUGUUAAGAAAGAUUGAGAAGUGGACACCAGGUUGUCUUCAUGCAUGGGAAGACACGUUUAUCAAUUGGGAAAAUUCCACAAAAAUGUUAGUGUCGUACCCCAAGGCCAAGCUAGAGGAGGGGCAAAUUUCUGAGGGGUUUCCUCGUUCUGUUUGUAGAAGAAGAGCGUCUCACCAAAGUUCGGAACAUGAAAUGGAGAUUCAGGACCAAGUCAACGAGUGGGCCAACAUGACAGGGUUUCUCUGUGCGCUGGGUGGUGUUUGUUUGUUGGGUAAAUCUCCCUCACGACCUCAGGGAGUCAGCCCGAGCUUGACCGUCGAUGUUAGAAAACCUGCCGUCUUGCCCAACACUAACCAGGACAUGCAGUAUUGUCCUGUCACACAAUUUGUCGGCCAUCUUCUUAAGCUUCUGGUGUGUAACAAUGAAAGAUUCGGAACCCAAAUACAGAAACACGUAAAAGAGUUGGUGGGGCACGAAAUGUCUCCUCUGCUGUAUCCUAUCCUCUUUGACCAAACUAAGGUUAUUGUUGAUAAGUUCUUCGACCAGCAGGGACAGGUAAUAGUGAGUGAACUGAACACACAGUUUAUUGAACAUAUAAUAUUCAUAAUGAAAAAUGUAUUAGAGAACAAGACUGACCAUCCUUCUGAGCACUUGGGUGUUACCUCUAUUGAACCUAUGAUGUUGGCAAUAGUAAGAUAUGUGAGGCAUUUGGAUAUUACAGUCCACACAUUACACAUUAAAACUAAACUCUGUCAACUGGUGGAGGUGAUGAUGCAACGAAGGGACGACCUCGCUUUUCGACAGGAGAUGAAGUUCCGCAACAAAAUGGUCGACUACCUCACUGAUUGGGUCAUGGGCAAUUCUCACCAAAUAGCUCCACCAGGAACCAUUGAUGUAACGUCUGUGUCCAACAUAUAUAUGCAGUAUGAUAUAACGGGAUGCUGUAGGGAUCUAGACCAAGCGUGUAUGGAGGCAGUGGCUGCUCUUCUACGGGGACUUCCUCUUCAGCCGGAGGAAAGUGAUCGUGGUGAUCUCAUGGAGGCUAAAUCUCAACUGUUUCUGAAGUAUUUUACACUCUUCAUGAACCUCCUCAAUGACUGCAUGGAGGCUCAAGAGGUUGAAAAGGAUGUAACUCGACAACGUGUUCAACCAGGCAAGCUGUCUACUCUCCGUAAUGCCACCAUUCAGGCCAUGUCUAACCUUCUCUCAGCAAACAUUGACUCGGGCCUCAUGCACUCCAUAGGGCUGGGAUACCAUAAAGACUUGCAGACCAGAGCAGCCUUCAUUGAGGUGCUAACAAAAAUUUUACAGCAAGGGACGGAAUUUGACACGUUAGCGGAGACUGUUCUUGCUGAUCGCUACGAGCAGCUGGUGCAGUUGGUGACCAUGAUCGGUGAUAAGGGAGAAUUACCAAUUGCAAUGGCUCUUGCCUCGGUUGUUGUUACACCACAGAUGGAUGAAUUGGCCCGUGUGUUCGUCACCUUAUUUGAUGCUAAACACCUGCUGUCCCCGCUGCUGUGGAACAUGUUUUACAAAGAGGUGGAGGUAUCUGACUGUAUGCAAACACUCUUCAGAGGCAACUCACUCGGGAGCAAAAUUAUGUCUUUCUGUUUUAAGAUCUAUGGAGCUUCUUACUUGCAUAAUCUUCUUGAACCAUUGAUACGGCCAUUGAUGGAGGAUUGUGCUUAUUCUUAUGAGGUUGAUCCAGCAAGGCUCGACCCCACUGAGGAUGUGGAAGAGAACAGACGGAACCUCAUAGCUCUCACACAGAGAGUGUUUGGUGCUAUCAUAUGUUCCUCAGAUAGGUUUCCACCACAGCUACGCAGCAUGUGUCACUGCCUCUACCAAGUGCUAAGUAAAAGAUUUCCACAGUUCCCACAAAAUAACAUAGGUGCCGUCGGGACGGUCAUUUUCCUACGCUUCAUCAAUCCGGCUAUUGUGUCACCAUGUGAGACAGGCAUCUUGGAUAGGCAGCCAAGUCAGCAGAUAAAACGUGGCUUAAUGUUAAUGUCCAAGAUCCUACAGAACAUUGCAAACCAUGUAGAGUUCAGCAAAGAGCAGCACAUGCUUCCAUUUAAUGACUUCGUGCGGCAGCACUUCGAGGGGGCGCGGCGCUUCUUUAUCCAAAUUGCCAGUGACUGUGAGAGUGUGGAACAAGCCAGCCACAGCAUCUCCUUCAUCAGUGAUGCUAAUGUUCAUGCCCUACACAGAUUACUGUGGAACCACCAGGAGAAAAUAGGGGAAUAUCUGUCGAGUAGCCGGGACCACAAAGCAGUCGGGAGAAGACCCUUCGACAAAAUGGCUACCUUGUUAGCUUACCUGGGACCACCGGAGCACAAACCCAUCGAUUCUCAAUGGAGCAGUAUGGACAUGACCAGCACCAAGUUUGAAGAAAUCAUGUCUAAGCACAACAUGCACGAGAAGGAUGAGUUCAAGUCCAUUAAGACGCUUAAUAUUUUUUACCAAGCGGGCACGUCCAAGGCCGGCAACCCUGUUUUUUAUUACAUUGCCAGAAGAUAUAAAAUUGGUGAGACGAAUGGAGACCUGUUGAUAUACCAUGUGAUCCUUACCCUGAAACCCAUCUGCCGUAAGCCUUUUGAACUUGUGGUGGACUUCACUCAUACGUGUGCAGACAACAGGUUUAGGACAGAAUUUCUACAAAAAUGGUUUGUUGUAUUACCUGAAGUAGCAUAUGAAAACAUCCAUGCAGCUUAUAUCUACAAUGGCAACUCCUGGGUGAGAGAGUACACAAAAUACCAUGACAGAAUCUUGGCACCACUCAAGGGUCAUAAGAAACUGAUCUUCCUGGAUGCUCCUGCACGACUGAACGAUUAUAUUGAACCUGACCAGCAAAAAUUACCCGGGGCAACCACCUCCUUAGAUGAGGACCUUAAAGUCUUCAAUAAUGCUCUUAAAUUAUCACACAAAGACACAAAAGUUGCUAUCAAGGUUGGACCAUCAGCUAUCCAGGUAACAUCUGCUGAAAAGACUAAGGUGCUCUCCCACUCUGUGCUGCUCAAUGAUGUCUAUUAUGCUUCAGAAAUAGAAGAGGUGUGCUUAGUUGACGAUAAUCAGUUUACUCUGACUAUUGCCAACGAAUCUGGUCCUUUGUCAUUUAUCCACAAUGACUGUGACAACAUUGUUCAGGCCAUCAUCCAUAUCAGAGCCAGAUGGGAACUGUCCCAACCUGAUUCAGUAACGGUGCACCAGAAGAUCCGGCCAAAAGAUGUUCCAGGAACUCUAUUAAAUAUGGCUCUCUUGAAUUUGGGUUCCCUCGACCCUAACCUCAGAACAGCAGCGUACAACCUCCUCUGUGCCCUUACUGCCACCUUUGACCUCAAAAUUGAAGGCCAACUAUUGGAAACAUCGGGCCUCUGUAUCCCAUCCAACAACACAAUCUUCAUUAAGAGUGUUAGUGAGAAACUUGCUGUGAAUGAACCUCACUUAACACUUGAGUUCCUGGAAGAGUGCAUUCAGGGCUUCCGAGCCUCUAGUAUAGAGCUCAAGCAUUUGUGUCUUGAGUACAUGACUCCGUGGCUCCCCAACCUCACAAGGUUUUGCAGCCAUCCAGAUGACAAGAAGCGAGCCAAGGUUGCCAUGAUUCUUGAUAAACUAAUCACAUUAACCAUUGAGGAAGUUGAAAUGUACCCUUCCAUCCAAGCCAAGAUCUGGGGCAACAUUGGCCAGGUGUCAGAGUUGAUUGACAUGGUGCUAGACUCAUUCAUAAAGAGAUCAGUAACGGGUGGCCUGGGAUCUGGUCAGGCAGAGAUCAUGGCUGAUACGGCUGUGGCCUUAGCAUCAGCUAAUGUAGCUUCAGUAGCCAGAAAAGUCAUCGGCCGCCUCUGUAGGGUAAUAGAUAAGACGUGUACAUCUCCAACGCCUACACUGGAGCAACAUUUAAUGUGGGAUGACAUAGCCAUUUUGGCGAGAUAUUUACUCAUGCUUUCCUUCAAUAACUGCCUGGAUGUAGCACGCCACCUACCGUACCUGUUUCACAUUAUAACAUUCUUGGUGUGCACUGGGCCAGUCUCCAUGAGAGCAUCCACACAUGGUCUUGUCAUCAAUAUCAUCCAUUCACUAUGUACCUGUACCAAACCUUCAUUUUUAGAGGAAACUCAGCGUGUGUUGCGGCUCUCCUUAGAUGAGUUUUCCCUUCCCAAAUUUUACCUUCUCUUUGGGAUAAGUAAGGUGAAGUCUGCUGCAGUCACAGCCUUUAGAUCCUCCUACAGACACACAGGCGAACGAGGACUUAGUUUUCUCUGCAGAUUUGGCACGGACCGCAGUCUCUCAUGUAACAUGGGUGACCGUGAGAGAUUGUCACUUACCUCAUUAGAGACCAUCACAGAUGCGCUGCUUGAGAUGAUGGAAGCUUGUAUGCGUGAUAUUCCAGAAUGUGAUUGGUUACAAGCAUGGACAGGCCUUGCCAAGAGCUUUGCAUUCCAAUAUAAUCCAGCUCUCCAGCCCAGGGCCCUCAUUGUGUUUGGUUGUAUAAGCAAAAGUAUUGUUGACCAGGACAUCAAGCAGCUCCUGCGUAUCUUGGUCAAGGCACUGGAGAGCUUUUCAGAUAUAACGCUUAUAGAUUCUAUCAUUAUGUGCCUCACGCGGCUACAGCCUUUGCUCAGACCAGAGUCUGCAAUCCAUCAGGCUUUGUUUUGGGUGGGGGUGUCGGUGCUGCAGCUGGACGAGGUGGCCCUAUAUGCCUCUGGCCUGGCUCUGCUGGAACAGAACCUCCACACGCUCGAUUCUCAGGGAAGCUUCGAUAAUAAUACUCUGGAGCAGGUCAUGAUGUCAACACGAGAGUCUCUUGAAUGGUUUUUUAAGCAGUUGGAUCAUUCUGUGGGACUCAGUUUUAAGGGCAACUUCCAUUUUGCAUUGGUGGGUCACUUGUUAAAAGGACUCCGACACCCUGCACCGACAACUGUCUCCCGCACUUCAAGAGUCCUCAUCACACUCCUCUCCAUUGUUGCUAAACCCCACAAGAGAGACAAAUUUGAGGUAACACCAGAGAAUGUGGCUUAUUUAGCUGCCCUUGUGUCAGUGUCAGAAGAGGUUAGAUCUAGAUGUCACUUGAGAUACUCGGUGGCGCACAAUCUCUCCAAAUCUGCAUCAUCAGACACGUUUGCUGUGGGUCUUCACUUAAACCUUCCCCCGACCACAACACAAGUCAGUGGGAUGACGAGUAACCCACAAAGUGGACCACAGCAGCCCUCUGGUGGAGCUUCUUCUCCCAGUAAUCACAUACCUUCUCCUGGGUCAUCCUUUCCAACCAAUGGCAGCUUCACUAACAUAGCCACUUCCUCUAAUGCCAGCACAGUUACUCUGGCAUCAGUGGGCAGUACAGCAACCACUGGAGCAGGUACUGGAGGCAAUAGUGGUGGCAGUAAUGGCAUGAGCAUUGCUGGCAAUGCUGCUGCUUCAUCUACCGUCACAAGUAUAAGCAGUGGCAUCGUCAGUGGCAGUGGAACUCCUGUAUCAGUGGGGACCCCGGCUGAGAUGAGACUUCCUCCUACCAUUAUUAAAGACCCUCCUCCACUAUCCUCUGCCUCAGUUCCUGCAAACAGAAGACAGAAACCUUGGGACUCAGUGGACCAAAUUUGUCUAUCACAGGGUACGAUGGGUAUGCUAGGACCGCAGGGCACGAUGCAGAAGCAGGGGAGUGCCCAACACCUGGUGAGCAGAGCAGACCCCAAGACAUGGCACUCCCUUGACCUUGACCCCCAUAACAUGCGACCACCACCAUUUAAAACUCAAAGGUCUUCCUCGAUGCCCACACCUAAGGGUGACAUGUCUCCCCCACCUAAGGAGCGUGGUGCCCGAGUUUCAGUCAGCAACGAAAACAACAUCCUCUUAGACCCCGAAGUACUGACUGAGUUUUCUACCCAAGCCCUUGUUCUGACAGUUUUGGCUACACUUGUAAAAUAUACUACAGAUGAGAACGAGAUGAGAGUUUUAUAUGAAUACUUGGCUGAGGCUUCAGACGUCUUCCCCAAGGUCUUCCCUGUCAUCCAUUCUCUACUAGAUGCCAAGAUAACGUCAGUACUGUCUCUAUGUCAUGAUGGAGUGAUCCUGAGUGCAGUUCAGUCCAUCAUCCAAAACAUGGUGGCGUGUGAGGACCAAGGACACCAGCAGUUACACCACCUUCAGAGUUGGGGCUUUGGGGGCCUCUGGAGAUUUGCUGGACCAUUUACUAAGAGUAAUUGUACAGCAGAAAAUGCAGAGCUUUUCGUCAACUGCCUAGAAGCAAUGGUGGAGACCGCACUGCCAGCUGACGGAGACGACAGUUCGGAGAUGGAACUUGCACAGUACCCUUCCAUGCUGUCUGUAGCCUCAGUGAACCUCUCUUCCUCCAUGUCCUCCCUCACCUUGGCCUCACCCACGGAAAAGGAAGUUGACGGGAGUGAGGGGGCAGGUGCCGCACAGAAUCUUCCCGCACACCCAACUAGUUCUCGUCCCAAGCCAGCCCUACCCAACUUGAUUGCCAAGCAGCGCUCCUUCCGUUGUAAACUGUCCAACAAGAGCAAGUAGCUGAGGAAGAGGAUGAUACAUUUACCUAAUCCUACAGAUGACUAGCUGAAAUCUGAUCUUCCUUUUCCAGACAUUGAUGAUACACUUGAUGAUAUUAGGGUAAAUAGAAGGUAAGGAUAUUAAGACAGAGAAAGUGCCUUCCUGUUUCUGUUACACAGGAGACAGAGAAGAAAGCCCUAUGGUUAGAAGCUAAAGGAUUGUAUCAUUGGUAUUCAACAGUUCAGUUUUAAUAGAAAUAAAUGCAAGCUGCAAUUCAGGUCACAGACUCACAGAGGUUUAUGUGAUGAAUAUUCUUGAUAUUCCUAGUAACUGAAGAUGGAAGAAUGAGUUAGGUUGAAGUACUAAAUUUACAUCUAAGAAUAACCUCAGAAUUUUACUAAGACUACAUGAGACAAAGCCAAGUACAUCAUCUUAUCUGGUGGUGAGUGAAGAUAUCCAUUUACUUUCACUAUAAUUUUUAGGUAAUUUUUUAAUGCAAAUUUUGCACUUUAGCCUAAGUCAAACUGUUAGUUGCAUUCAUAUGUCUUCAAUUAUGAGGAAUGUUUAUUACACAAAUCUUUGUGAAUUAUACCCCGGGGAUGCUUAGACUUUCCAGCUUGUUUAUGUUUUGCUCUCAGGAGAGGUUAUGCUGGCUCCCUGAGUUUCACAUCAUUCAGAUCCAGUGAUGGUUGCUCUGGAUACCUGGAUGUAUUUAAUUAAGGAAUAGGUGAGAAAUGGAAGCUACAAGACACAAUUGAAAAUAGCAAUUAGAAUAUGAUGGAUGUGAUAAAUACUUGUACAGCUAAGUGUACAUCUGUCAUUGAAAUGCUGGCUUGGGAUAAUGUGAUACUUUCUUCAUUCAUGGCCAAAGGUAUACUAGAUUGUAAGUAAAUCUAGUUUAUAUAAGUUAUUUUGGAUGUUUGUUGAGUGUUGAGCUUCCUUACCAGUGGUAUGUGGGCCUGAGAAGAGGCUACCUUUAUCAAGAUUACAUUAAUGUCACACAUUGCUUAGCUACUAUUCCAAGUUAUGUUUGGCAACUACUGUUGGGUGUCAUUGUUUGACUGCCAAGUUAAUUGUGAUGGAUAUGAUUCUCUUUCUUAAUUUGAAAGAGUUGCUUGUGUGUACUAGGUACAUGAGUUCUGUAAAUAUAGCUUGCAGCUGAGGAAAUACAUCCUCCCUACUUUUGAAAAGUAACUACUUGUGACCUGUUAGUUGUUCUCUACCAAUUGGGUUUAGCCACCCAGGACAAGGGUAUUCAGUGAUAACUUAGGUAAAGCAUGUAAUGAGUUAAUAAGGAAAACAAUCAGUAUUGUAUUUUUUUGUCAAACAGGUGAACUUUUGUAAAACAACCAGAAGUAUAUAUGUGAGUGUGAAUGAUGGAGUGACUGCAUAUGAGAGAGUUGAGAGACUAUAUAUAAAUAGUGACUAUAAACAGCUUCAGCCCAAGUUGAAUUUGUGGCAUGUUACAGCUUUUAAUGUUUAUCAGGUAACUGAAUGUUAAGACAAGAUGUCUGGUGCAUAACCUCAGAUGGUUUGGCAUGAAUGUCCUAUUCUUGUGUCAAUCUGCUUUAUGAGGUUCCUGACAGAAAUGAGCCUUAACAAGAUUUUGUUUACAAAUUUCAUAAAUACCAGUUUUUCUUCUUACAUUUGAAAAGGUUAUAUGAUUGUAACGUUGGGCAACCGUAGAAUUCUGUAUUUCCCAAUAACUGUCUACCUUUAUUAUGUCACACUUCAUUUAUGCAGCUUCUGCUGCUGGUAAUUCAAGUGAAAGCAAAUGAAUGAAUCGAUAGAUAGUAUAUUCUUUAUUUUUUAAUUUGUACCAUAUAUGACAUGCCAAGUCCAUUCUUUUUAUUAUAUAUCAGGGAUACACAAAAAGUGCAACUGUUAUAGUAGUUUAAAUAAUGGUAACUGCACAGUGUUUACUACUUUUGUUGACAAAUUUUUUGACUAUUUAAUAUGCAGACUGGUUUUGAACUGUAGCUUGUGAGAAUACAUACAGAGUACAGUUGAUAGUGAUCAGUGUUACGUGUGGUACACUGUGCUGUACAUACUAAACAAAAUAUAUAUGUACAGUACAGUAUACUGAAGACAUUCCUAGGAUACCAAACUAUACUGUAUACCCAGACACAGAGCAUACAGAGGUUUAAUAUUGUAACACAGGAAGGAAGGAAUGCAAUUUUACUUAUGAUGCCUUUCCAGUUAGGAGUCAAACUAUUGAAAAUCUGAACUUGUCACUCUGUAUCACUUAAAGCAGCUUUUUAUCUCAUUUUAUGCUUAUUAAGAUGUUUGUAUUUGUAUUUUGCCUUUUACAGUAAGUUCUUGAUUUACACAGGGAUUACAUUCUUGAAAAUCUUAUGUACAGUGCAGUACAGUACAAUAAAUCAAAUUCAUGCAGAUUAACUUAUUCUCAUGUAAGUAAAAUAGUAGAUUGUAUUCCUGGAUCUCAAGAAAACAUCAUUACCUCCAAAAUCUAAUUUUUCAUAAUGAAGUAAACACUCUAUGGUUUUGUGUAAUAUAUACCAUAUUUUAUGGCAUAUAAGAUGCACUUUUGUCUGAAAAA